AUAAAAAAUAAAAACCAACAUAUGUCAAAUAAAUGUCAAAAAAAUUACACACGACACACGGUUUUUUGAUAAUGUUGAGGGAUUGCCUAAAACGUUGAGGGAUAUUAUUAAUUAAAUUGUAUAAUGACUGAAGAUCAAGAUGCAAAAGAUUCGCAGUCAGAUUCCGGCAGCAAAACCUUUAUUAAUAAGAAUAAGGACAAGAAAACAAAAACCCAACGGCCGUUGACCAAAAUUAUUCUUCGGCGGUUACCGCCUACUAUGACUGAGGAGGCGUUCUUGGAGCAGGUUUCACCGAUACCUGAACAUGACCAUUUCUAUUUUGCUAAGCCAGACCCUUCGCUUGCCAAUAACCUAUAUUCCAGAGCUUACAUAAACUUCGUUAAUGUUGACGAUAUUUACUUAUUUAGAGAUAAAUUUGAUGGAUAUGUAUUUCUUGAUGAAAAAGGUGUAGAGUAUGUGGGAAUAGUGGAGUAUGCCCCGUUCCAAAGAAUACCUAAGAAAAAAAAGAAGAAGGAUCCCAAAUGUGGUACCAUAGAGAGUGACCCCAUCUAUCAAGACUUUGUUGAAAGUCUCAAAAAAGAUCCCGAGACUGAAAAUCAACCAAAACUUGAAUAUUCUUAUCCUGUCAAUGAUUCCAAUGACAAGAAAGUGCAAUCAACUCCACUGCUAGAAUACCUAGCUGCUCGUAAGCAGGAUAAGCGGGGAAGGGAUGAGCGCCGUAGGAGGGAGAAUGACAAGAGAAAAAUGAGGAUAGAAAGAAAAACCAAAGACUCUAUUAAGGAGGAAGAGACUGCAGAAGGUGAAGUUAAAAAGAUCAAAUCCAGGGAAUGGGAAAAAGAUAAAGCAAGUGAUGCUAGAGACGACCAGGUUAAGUCAGAUGGGAAAGAUGGAUCUGUAUUUGAAUCUAAAUCGUAUAGAGACCGCAAGGCUGGUGUUAAUGUUUUAAGCGACAAGAAGAAAAAACUUGAUUCUGAUAAAAGAGAUGCAGCUAGGGACGACGAUCAAGUUGACGACGACGAUGCUGGAUACAAGAAAGAUAAACGGGAGAACACAAAAUUUAACAAGGAGUCACCCCGCGAGGUGAAGAGUAAAAAGUAUAGUGACACUAGGAAGGAGAGAAUAAAACAAACUGAAGUUGGGAAAUCAGACAAACAAUCAGCUAUCAACAAAAUCAUGUCUUCUGACAGUAAAGUUAAGUCUAUCAAUCAUGACGACAUCAAACCAUUCACACAACUGCCGCAAGUAAAAACUGACGAUUUGACUAAGAUCAUUGAGGGGAUGGACAAGAAAGUUAAGCUCAGCGAUAGUAGUAAGGACUCCAACGAUGAUUCAACCUCUAAGAGCUUAUCUGUAGGUGUAUCAAAAAUGAGGAGAAAUAGUUUGGAGUCUGGAGAAAUGCCUGUCAAGGAUGAUAUGGUAUUGAAAAGGCAAAACUCUCUGGACGACAGAAGUAAAUCCACUGACAGGGAGGGUUCGGAGGAGAAAGAGAAGAGUGAGAGUGGUGAUCGUCGCACAGAAAGGAGAAUUAGGAACAAGGAUCGUCCAAGCCUCGUAAUCUACCAGCCGGGCAUGGGGAAGUUCAGCAAGCAGCGCCUGGCCAAGGAGAAGGACGCACCGCCGCCGGCCAAAAGUAUAAACGAUAGUGAGAAGAAAGACACCUGAAGUCAAUAUGACGCUACUCUUAACUUGGACAACAUUCAACGGAAUUACCCUGAAGCUGGCAUUCAAUACAUGUCCUGGCAGACUCAGUAGAUGAGGACACUUGAACGUGCCAACUGAAGGAACCACUGUUCGUGUUUACUCAGCUGUUGUUUUUAUUGAUUUGUUUAGUUUACAUUCAUUUCGAUUGAGUUGGAGAUGUUUUAACAUUACAAAAAAAUCAACAUAGCAUUUAAUGCAACAUAUUUUUAGCUUGUGACGAUUUAACUCAGUUUGUUAAUUUCAUUUAAAUAUAAUUAAUUUUUGAAAAGGGG